GCUCAUUAGGAGGAGGGGCUGGUCUGUGGGUAUGUUGCAAUCCCCAUGAAUAUCAUUAUUAAUUUUUACUUCAGGGGAAACCCUCAUAAGGUAGGUGGGGCUGAUUGUUGCAUCCCGUUUGAUGACUCUGAUCUGACUAUAUGUACAGCUAGCUCCCAGCAUGCAGUCAUUAGAUAUAUACAAGUUUGAGUACCAGAAGACAUGAAGAAAGUUGCAGUAUUAGUUGUCUUGGCUUUGUGUAGUGUAGCCGUGCAGGCCAAGUCUGCUGAUGAAUGGAAGUCUCGAGUCAUCUAUCAGCUCCUGACAGACCGCUUUGCCUUGACUGAUAGCUCCUCGUCCUCGUCAUGUUCUGACCUCUCCAACUAUUGCGGUGGGUCAUUCAAGGGAGUCACCCGCAUGCUCGACUAUAUCCAAGGACUUGGUGCAAACGCCAUCUGGAUAUCACCGAUUCCCGACAACACAGACGGAGGCUACCAUGGCUACUGGCAGAGGAACAUCACCCUCAUCAACUCCCACUAUGGCUCUCCCGAUGACCUGAAAGAACUCGUGUCUCAGUGCCACAAGAGAGACAUCUGGGUCAUGCUGGAUGUUGUUGGUAAUCACAUGGGUAAUCAGAAUAAUGGUGACUGGAAUAAUUUUGCCAAGUUCUACCCGUUUAACCACCAGGAGCACUACCAUCCGUACUGCAUGAUCACUGACUUCAACAAUCAGAACCAGGUUGAAGUGUGCCGCCUUGCCAACCUGCCUGACUUGGACCAAUCCAACUCCUACGUUAGAGAAACCCUCAAAACUUGGAUCAAGAACACCGUUUUAACGUAUGGAUUUGACGGUAUUCGCAUCGACACCACACCCGAGGUCCCCAAGGACUUCUGGUCAGAGUACACCCAGUCAGCUGGUGUCUUCUCAAUAGGAGAGGUAGACAACGGCAAUCCCUCGUACAAUGCUGGCUAUCAGGGACCAGAGGACGCCACUUUAAACUAUCCCAUGUAUUAUCAGCUGCGAGCAGCUUUCCAAGAACAUCAAUCAAUGAAAAAUAUUCACAGUGGAGUGACUCAGAAUCAAAACGCCUUCAAAGAUGUUUCAGUACUGGGAAAUUUUCUGGACAACCACGACAAUCCACGUUUCCUCAGUAAGAAUGGCGACCACACAGCACUCAAGAAUGCUCUGGCUUACAUCAUAUUUGCUGAGGGUAUUCCAAUUAUCUAUUACGGGACAGAGCAAGGUUACAGUGGCAAUGGCGACCCUCGUAACCGCGAAUCCUUGUGGCCCAACUACAAUGCCAAUAGUGAUCUUUAUAAAUUCACCAGUCAACUGGCCAAGUUCCGAGCCCAACAAGGCAGCAGUCUCUGGGAGAGCAAGCAGAUUCAGAGAUACGUCAAUGACUACUUUUUUGCUUUCACAAGGGGAAACAUUUUCGUGGCCACUACAAAUAUUGGCAGCUCUUUCUCUAUUCCAAUCACAUAUCAUCCCUACACUAAUGGCACAGUUCUAAUGAAUCUACUGGACUCGUCUGACAAGGUCACCGUGAAUGGAGGACAGUUCACAGUCAAUAUGAAUGGACCACCAAAGAUCUACGCCCCCUCCAACAGCUUAUAGUCAGCUGCUAUAAUUAUAGCAAUGACGCUUUUUUAAUUGAAUUUGACACUCCUUAAAUUUUGUGUGUGCGUGUGCAAUUAAAUUUUUAUGUACCAAGUUGUAGAAAUAUAUUAAUAAACUGUUUUGUAGCAUUUUGAGCUCACAAAAAUCAAAUCAAGCAUAA